AUUUGAUUGAUUUCCUACAAACUGGUAGGAAUUAGAGGAAGAUAUUUACUUGUAGAUUGUAGUCAUUUUUCCAAUGAGUUUAUUUGAUUUAAUGUAUAUUUAGUUAACAAAAAGUUCUGUUUAAAACAUGGAACUAUCAAGUAUCCUUCCUGCACCAGUACAAUCAAUUUGGGACCGCGAUGAUGAGCGACGCAAAAAAUCAGCAUUUUUAUCCUCUAAACAGUUAAUAAGCACCCAAAAUGUUGCGCCCCCGUAUGGUCAAAGACGUGGUUGGGUUCCCAGAAGUGUAACAGAUUUCGGAGAUGGAGGUGCGUUUCCAGAAAUUCAUGUUGCCCAAUAUCCUCUGGAUAUGGGUAAAAAGAAAGAUGCUUCUUCAAAUGCUUUAGCUGUUCAGUUGGGAUCUGAUGGUAAAGUUAAAUACGAUGCCAUAGCAAGACAAGGACACGGUAAAGAUAAAAUAGUGUAUUCAAAAUUAUCUGACUUAUUACCUGUAGAAGUAGUAGAUGAAAAUGAUCCUAGUCUUGAAAAACCGGACCAAGAAGAAAUUGAUGAUCUGACAGAAAGAACUAGGCAAGCACUGAUGAAAAUUACAAACUCUAAAAUAGCAGCAGCUAUGCCAGUUAGGGCCGCUGAUAAAUUAGCACCAGCUGAAUUUAUUAGAUAUACUCCAUCACAACAAGGUGCUGCUUUUAAUUCAGGAGCAAAACAAAGAGUUAUCAGACUUGUAGAUGCCCAAGUUGAUCCAAUGGAACCUCCCAGAUUUAAAAUUAAUAAAAAAAUUCCAAGGGGUCCCCCUUCACCUCCUGCACCUGUCUUACAUAGUCCAACCAGGCGGGUAACAGUUAAAGAACAAAAAGAAUGGAAAAUACCUCCAUGUAUUUCCAACUGGAAAAACGCCAAAGGUUACACUGUGCCGCUGGACAAAAGGCUGGCAGCUGAUGGUAGAGGCCUACAACAACUACAUAUUAAUGAAAAUUUUGCCAAACUGGCAGAAGCUUUGUAUAUAGCUGACAGAAAGGCUCGAGAAGCAGUUGAAACUAGAGCACAAUUAGAAAAGAAACUAGCCCAAAAAGAAAAAGAAGCAAAGGAAGAACAUCUACGUCAAUUAGCCCAAAGGGCCAGAGAUGAGAGAGCUGGAAUUAAAACGGCUCCAGGCCAUUCCAAGGGAGGUGUGGACGAGGAAGAACAUGAAAGGGACAUGCUUCGUCAAGAUCGUCAUAAAGAGCGUGCUCGAGAUCGUAAUUUAGCACGUGCUGCUCCUGAUAAGCGCAGUAAACUUCAGCGAGAACGUGAAAGAGACAUUUCGGAACAAAUCGCACUUGGUAUGCCAGCUAAGGGCGCUACAUCCAAUGAAACUCAGUUUGAUCAAAGAUUAUUUGGUCAGGCCCAGGGUCUUGGGCACGGCUAUGGAGAUGAUGAAGCAUAUAAUGUCUAUGAUAAACCUUGGAGAGAUGGAGGUUCCAUGGCAAAUCACAUUUACAGACCAAGUAAAAAUAUUGAUAAAGAUAUGUAUGGUGGAGAAGACAUUGAAAAAGCUAUUAGAACUAAUAGGUUUGUACCAGAUAAAGAAUUUGGGGGUACUGAUCGUUCUGGAGCUGGUCGAUCAGGACCUGUACAAUUCGAAAAAGAAGAGGAUCCGUUCGGAUUGGAUCAGUUCUUGUCGCAAGCUAAAAGAGCUAGUAAAAGAAAGGAACCUGAAAAAAGGGAUGACAGGGAUAAGAGGAAAAGAAGAGAAUAGAAGUAUUUUACAUUUUCUUUGUGAAACCUUUAUAAAUUAAAUAUAGGUAUAAAUAAUUCUAAAGUGGUUUAAAAUAGUUAUAUUUUAUAUUAUCAUUCAUUGUAUGUAAUAGGUAAACUAAACAAUACAUUUGUCAGGUAAUUUUUGUGUAUUAUUACAAUUAAAUAUCUACAACAUACAA